CUUCAACAUUGCUUGACACUCUCCCGCCGGUCUUGAUCGAGGUCAAACAUACAUCUCUACCAUGAGUUCGGCCCAGAAAUUCGAGCUCCCGUUCAAGCUCGACAGACCAGAGCUUCUUCACAGCCUCUCUUUCGUCCAUGGCGAGUGGAAAAAAUCGAAAUCGGGAAAGACUUUUGAUGUAGUUGAUCCCGGCACUGGAAAAGCAUGGAUAGACUGUCCCACAAACGAUGCAUCUGAUGUAGAUGAAGCUGUUCAAAGCUCGCACAAAUGCUUCGAGAAUUAUCGAAAGAUUAGCCCCCGAGCGAGGGCGCAGAUGCUCUUUAAAUGGGAUAGUCUGAUUCGAGAGAACAAAGAGGAUCUUGCUACUAUUCUCGUGUAUGAGACAGGAAAACCGCGUGCUGAAGCAUACGGGGAGAUCGAUUACUCGACGGGCUUCACGUGGUGGUUCGCGGGCGAAGCUGAGCGUAUCCAAGGCACUGUUUUCACACCCGCACUUCCCGACCGCCGUGUUUUCACCAUCAAGCAACCCCUGGGGGUUGCCGCAGCUCUUGUCCCAUGGAACUUUCCUAUCGCAAUGAUCCUUAGGAAAGCGGGAGCGGCUCUCGCUGCGGGAUGUACCAUGAUUGUGAAACCGAGUCCAGAAACACCAAUCACAAUUCUGGCGUUAGCAUAUCUCGCUGACAAGGCAGGCUUUCCAUCGGGGGCAUUGAACGUCCUGACUACUGACCUGGAGAAAACCCCCGAGCUGAGUGAGGCGCUCUGCAGACACGAUUUGGUCAAAAAGGUGUCUUUCACAGGAUCUACAAGAGUAGGCAAGUUAGUAGCUCGGAUCUGUUCCGAUAACCUCAAAAAGGUAACCCUCGAAUUGGGGGGUAACUGCCCGGUGUUGAUUUUUGACGAUGCAAACAUCGACCAAGCUAUGGGUCAGAUCUUUGCUUUGAAGUACCGCCACGCCGGUCAAGCUUGCAUAACGGCCAAUCGCAUCUAUGUACAAGCCGGUAUCUUCGACAAGUUCUUGGAGCGUUGGAACGCCGAAAGUAGAAAAAUCGUCGUAGGCCACGGGAGUGAUAAGCGGACAACGAUGGGUCCGGUUACGACGCCUCGAGGAAUCGAUAAAGCCCUGGCAUUGGUGGAGGAUGCAAAGUCCAAGGGGGCCACUGUCCAUAUGGGAGGAAACAAGAUUGUCAAAGACGGCGGCUAUUUCUUCGAGCCUACUGUUAUCACCGGAGUCACUGAAGACAUGGAUAUUUCUAAAGAAGAGAUAUUUGCGCCAGUCUGCACCUUCAUCAAAUUUGAGACGGAAUCCGAGGCGGUUCGGGCUGCAAACGACACAAGUAUGGGCCUUGCCUCGUAUUGCUUCACCAAGAAUGUCGAUCGCACUUGGAGGUUGUUUGAAAAUCUCGAGGCAGGCAUGAUUGGCUUGAACACUGGUAACUCCUCUGCUGCAGAAUCGCCUUUUGGAGGCAUCAAGCAAAGCGGAUACGGGAAAGAAUCUGGUAAAGACGUGGCCGUCGCCGAGUAUCUCAUCACGAAAACUGGGACAUUCACGCUUGAAAACCAACAGUGA